GAGUUUAACAUGGUCACAUCACCGCCAGUGAAGGAAAACUUUCGCAUUUAAUAACAUGCUUAUACACCACAUUUCUCAUAGUUGUAGUCAAAGUCUGUUUAUUCCUCUAUGCUUUGCUCAUAGUUUUAAUAUCCGCCAAUACAUGCUCAUACACCAUAUUUCAUCAAAAUAUGAAGAAACCAAGUGGUCCUCCGUUCCUCCUCUUCAUGCUUCUCAUAACUCUACUAGUUGAAACAAGAGUAGCAGAUCCAAGAUACCAAACAGUUGAGCUCAGGUGCAAAACUACAUUAGAACAAAACACAACCAUCUUUGUUCCCAACUGCAUCGCCACCAUGGAUAUCGUUGGCAACAAGACUCGAACUUUCGGUUUUGGAGUAGCAAAUGUGGGCUUAGGGCCUGACGGUUCCUACGGCCUUGCCCAGUGUUAUGGAGACCUCUCCUCACUUGACUGCGCUCUUUGCUUUUCCAGGGCUCGCAUUCUCAGUCCCGAAUGCUAUCCUUACAAUGGGGGCAGCACCUACUUGGAUGGUUGCUUCUUGCGUUAUGAGAAUUAUAGCUUCGUCCAAGAGUUUACAGGUCCUGGAGACAAGGUUGUGUGUGGAAAUAGAUCGCGAAAGGGGCUUGAAUUCCAGAAGUCUGCCAGAAAAGCUGUGUUGGAUGCAGCUGCAGCUGCACCAGACCAGGGAGGCUACUCCAAGUCAGCAGUGUGUGUGUCAGUGCCGACGAAUGAUUCAGCUUAUGUGUUGGCAAAUUGCUGGAGAACAUUGAAUGCAACCUCUUGCAGAACAUGUUUGGACAAAGCAUCAGCCUUGAUAAUGGGUUGCUUGCCAUGGUCAGAAGGGCGGGCUCUGUACACAGGUUGCUUCAUGAGGUAUUCAGACACAAACUUCCUGAACGCAGAACAGAGUGGUGGGCGAUCAAAAGGGAGCAAACUAGCGAUGAUGGUGGUUGCCGUUUUGAGUUCUGUGGCUGCUUUAAUCAUCCUCGUGGCUAUUGGAGUUCAUAUUUGGAGGCACAGGAGAAUACAAAAGAAAAGAAGAGGUACAAAUGAUACAGUAAAAAUGGUGAAGAUGCUUAAUGACAGUAGCUUGAAUUUUAAGUACUCUGCACUAGAAAAGGCCACUGGAUCUUUUGAUGAUGCCAACAAGCUCGGCCAAGGAGGAUUUGGAACAGUUUAUAAGGGAGUUCUGCCUGAUGGAAGGGAGAUUGCUGUGAAGAGGCUUUUCUUUAAUCAAAGAUACAGAGCUGCAGAUUUUUAUAAUGAAGUUAACAUGAUAAGUACCCUGGAACACAAGAAUUUGGUCAGGUUGUUGGGUUGCAGCUGUUCAGGACCAGAAAGCCUUCUUGUCUAUGAAAUUCUCCCAAACAAGAGCCUUGACGGCUUCCUCUUCGAUCCAAGAAGAGGUAAAGCACUGAAUUGGAAAAGAAGAUUUGAAAUAAUCAAAGGGACAUCAGAAGGUUUGGUCUACCUUCAUGAGAACCCCAAUGUUAGAAUCAUCCACAGAGAUAUAAAAGCCAGCAACAUCCUAUUAGAUUCAAAGCUUCAAGCUAAAAUUGCUGAUUUUGGGUUGGCAAGGUCUUUCCAAGAAGAUAAAAGCCACAUCAGUACAGCCAUUGCAGGAACACUAGGGUAUAUGGCUCCAGAGUACAUAACCUGUGGUCAGUUAACAAAAAAGGUAGAUGUCUAUAGCUUUGGGGUGCUUUUACUAGAGACUGUUACUGGAAUGCAGAACAGCAGAAACGAAACAUCUGAGUACUCUGAUAGUCUUGUCACUUCUGUAAGUUUCUAUACAUCAUCCUUUCCAUUUCCCUUAUAUUUUCCCCAGAAAAGAGGUGCCUUCAUUAAGACCAUCAAUGUCAAAGGCCCUACAAAUGCUGUUGAAGAAUGA